UCGGCCUUCCUGCAGAAGUACCCGAAUAACGUGCAAAACCACAUCAAGGGCAUCGACGUGAUUGAGAGAUGCAUAGACACGAAGGAGCAGACGCUCAAAAUGAGGAGGAUAGUCCACCUGCAGUACUUCAUCCCGAAGCUCUUCCGCAAUCUCCUCAACAUAGACGGGCGAGGCGUAGGUAUCGAAGACAUAGAUAUUAACCUGAGGGAGAAAAAACUGACAGUGAGCACCGUCAAUUAUACGAUGACCCCAUUGGUCAACUUAACAGAAAAGUGCGUGUACCUUCAGAAGGAGGACGAUGAUAAUCAAACCCACUACAAGCAGACCACCACUCUGGACAUUAACGGAUUCGGUUACAUGAAGAACCUCGUGGAACGGGCCAUAAUCAACACGGUGCGAGAAAAAAGCAAACAAGGAAUCAACAUCAUGAACGAGACAAUCAAGAGAGUUAUUAAUGACAACGUUCACAUAAAUAACAGCGACGUUUACGUGGAUGCACUGGAGAAGGGGAAAAAAUAG